GCAGUUGCAGUGGUGCAGAAUGGCUGACCUCAGUCUUGCAGAUGCAUUAACAGAGCCACCUCCAGAAAUUGAGGAAGAGAUAAAACGGGACUUUAUUGCCACACUGGAGGCAGAGGCCUUUGAUGAUGUUGUGGGAGAAACUGUUGGAAAAACAGACUAUAUUCCUCUCUUGGAUGUUGAUGAGAAAACCGGGAAUUCGGAGUCAAAGAAGAAACCAUGCUCAGACACUAGCCAGGUUGAAGGUGCUCCUUCUUCUAAACCAACAGUGCUAGCCAAUGGCGACCAUGGAAUAGAAGGGAAUGAUACCACCGGGUCUCCAACUGAAUUCCUUGAAGAGAAAAUGGCCUAUCAGGGCUAUCAAAACAAUCAGAACUGGCCAGAAGAUACAAACUUUUGCUUUGAACCCGAGCAGGUGGUGAAUCCUAUCCAGACUGAUCCCUUUAAGAUGCACCAUGAUGAUGGCCUGGAAGAUUUGCUCUUUCUCCCCAGUGGAACAACCAGUACUUCAUCAUUUACAGAACAAAAUGAUCCCCUGAAAGACAGUUAUGGUCUGUUUCCCUGCGACACGUUUGCUCCUGCAGCUGUUGCCCCUCAGGGCUGGUCUGUGGAAGCUCCGAAUCCUCCACACUUGGAGUCCCUCAUUUCCCUGGAGGCCAUUACACAACCUCUGCAGCCCACAGCAGAGCCAGCUGAUAUAGAAAUGACAUCAGCAGAAGAGAGAACACCAACAAAAGCAUUGGAAGUAAUAAUGGGACUGAACGCUUCUGACGUGGCACCAUCUAGAGAAUCAGAGAUAGUCCCAGCCAAGGACGUGGCCCCAGCCUCAGAAACAGAGGUGGCAUUGACUAAAGACAUGGAACCACCAACCAAAUCAGAUACAGCCCUAGUCAAGGACAUGGGAAUGGAGGAAGCCCUGGUUAAGGAUGUUGUAUUGCCCACAGAAACAGAGGUAGCCCCAGCCAAGGACAUAACACUGAUCAAAGAAACAGAGAGGACACCACCUGUAAAAAUGGAUUUGGCCCCAGCUGAUGGUGUGGCACCACCCACAGACAGAGAGAUGACCUCAGCCAAGGAUGUAGCAUCACUCUCAGAAAUAGGGGUAGCCCUGGCUAAGGAUGUUGUGUCAUCCACAGAAAUAGCCUCAGCCAAGGAGGUAGCCUUGUCCUCAGAAACAGAAGUGACCCUGACUGGGGACAUGGCACUACCUACAGAAACAGAAGUGGCCCCAGUCAAGGAUGUGACUCCAACUCCAGAAACAGAAGUCACCCUAGUCAAGGACAUGACUCCACCCCCAGAAAUCAAGAUGUCCCUGGGCAAGGAUGUAGCUCCACCUGAAACAGAGGUGGCCCCAGUCAAGGACAUGGUUUCACCUCCAGAAACAGAGAUGGCCCUGGGCAAGGAUGUGGCUCUGCCCUCAGAAACAGAAAAGGCCCUGGGCAAGGACGUGGUUUCACCUCUGGAAACAGAGAUGGCCCCAGGCAAGAAUGUGGCUCUGUCCCCAGAAACAGAAAUGGCCCUGGGCAAGGAUGUGGUUUCACCUCCAGAAACGGAGGUAACCCUGGCUGAGGAUGUUGCUCUGCCCCCUGGAGCAGAAGUGACCCUGGCCAGCAAUGUGGCUCCAACCAAGAAUGUUGCAGCAUCCUCAGAAGCAGAGGCGGCACCGGUUCCAGUCAAGGACUUGGAAAUUGCACAAGCACAGGAAGAAACAAGUGAGGAUUCCCAGCUGGAAUCUCUCCAGGUCGAGGGACAGUCAGCUGCACCUACUCUCAUGAUUUCACCAGAACCAGCCACAGCCACGGGCCAAAAGUACAGCUUGCCAGCAGGUGAGGAUUCUAUGUUCGAGAAACUAGAGCAAAAGAAACUGUUGAGUAGUCCACCUUCUGAACUUUCUUCAGAGACCUCAGGUACCCCUCCCACACAAGCCAAACAAGCGUGCAGACCCAGUGACCGCAGGUCCACUCGGCCCAGGCCUGCCAGGGUCCCUCCUGAGCUGCUGGGAGGCUCUUCUCCACGGAAGACUCUUGAUCCUGGGCUGGGCCUCUGCCCUUUGUCUGAGUUGGGUUGGGUUUCUGGUUCAUCUUCCUGUAGUGAGCCUGGGAACCAGAGGAAAACUAUUCACGGUGGCUUCCUUGAACCCCAGAGGGAUCUUGGCAGGGAGGCCUGGGAUAUAUAUGAAAGCACACCAAUGAUGAUGAAGAAAAAAAAGAAGAAACCAAAGCAGAAGAGAUAUUCUCAGCCCCGGGAUGGGGGUCCUUGGGAUGAUGAUAAUGCAGGCAUGCCUAAAGGUCAUCCCUUUGCCACUGACCCACAAAAAUCAGGUGUUCUUCCCAGCCAGCCUACCAUGGUGGGCACAGAACAUGGACUGGUGUCCAGAGAAAACUUGAAAAAGGAAUGUGACAUUGACUCCAAACCAGCCAAACUGGCAGCUGAGAACUUGUCCUCAGAGAGCAUCAGCACUCCUUCAUGUCCUUUGCAAGAACUCCUGAAAACUGCAGGGAAUUCUCAGCCCAGACUGAGCGUGGCGGCAGAGGUCAAAGAUAACAAGUCAAUCCUACAGAGCCAAGAUGAGUGCAGACCACAGCCUGCACCGCCCCUCCAGACUCCUGUGGGUAAAAGCCAGGCAGUAGGUCCCCGCAAUCUGAAAGGACCUCUGACGGAGGUUUCUGCAUACAAUGUAGAAAUUCCUUUGGAGAUCAGACCCAAAGAGGGUUGUUUUCCUCUCUUGGACCAAAAGCCUAUGGGUGGAGUCUCAAAAUCCACAGAAGCAAAAGAACUGCCUAAUUUGAUACCCACUUUGACUACAGAUAAUCCAUUAGAAAGCAGUCUAAAAGAAGUAAAUGAUGAAAAUGAAAUGACUAAACAGCACAAUGACAAACAGAAAGAGUUUUCUGAAGGAGGUGAACAGGUUAAAGAACUAAAAAAGGAAGCUAUUCCCAAGCAAAGACACGAGAACAGCAUCUUUGCUUCCGAGCAGCUGCAGGACAAGGUGUUAGUUCAGGGUCCAGGGCUAGGGAAUGAACCACUAAAGAGAAUGGCAGGUGAUGUUAAAAGCAGGAAGGGAAGGGGAAGUUCUACAAAAGUGAGAGCAAGUUCUGGAAAGGAGAGAGCGAGGUCUGAGCUGCCGUUCCAUCCAGACAGCCAGAAGGACAGUGGGGCUGUUCUUGUGCCAGAGGAGCCAGCCCCUAAAGCUGAAAGAAUGACGGCUGAGGAUAAAAGUGAGGAGCUAGGGCCGGAUUUCCCAAAGCAACCAGGGACCCUGGCUGAUCUCACUGAGGGGGUGGUGGCGGGGGAGCCUAAGGAGAUGACUGACCUGAGGGUGGCAGGCCCUUUGCAGCCGUUGACUCUCUGGGGACAUGGGUCAGAUGUGAUUCAGACUUCUGUUGUUAGGACAGAAAGGGGAGCCAUGGCCACAGGUAGGGGUAUCGGCAACCAGAGCGAGCAGGAAAAGUGUCCUUGGAUGGAUCAUGAGGCAGCUCCCUGGAUUUCUGAAAAGCCUAAAAAACGAAGCAGUGACGGCAGAAAUAAAAAGUUUAAAAAUAAUUAUUCCACACAGUCCACUAGAAUGGAGAGGAAGGAAGAACUCCUCACCCCACCUUUUGUAGGGAAGGAUGGAGGGGUCGCUAGCACUCACCAUCAGAACAGGCAGGCAGAAUUCCCUCUCCCCAUCAGUCCUGACCCUUUGUUCUCAGGUACAUCAGGUGCACCGGCUGGGGAGGUUGUUGACCGAAAGGGUGGAAAGACUAAGGCUGAUCCUUUUGAGCUUGGGGCUCUUGGCGGGAACAAAACAAAUACAAUCAAGAAUUCUGCUAUUACUGAACCAACUACCAAGGUGACAGAUUUGAGCUGCCAAGACCAAAUCCAGGGAGCAGGACUUGUUCUUUCAGUACUGUCUGAGGAGAAUAAGAUAGAUGCAGCGAAGGGACACACUGCAGUGGCUGACAAACCAAAUGCGAGGAGUAAUGAUGGAAUAAGCAAACAGGUUAAAAAUAGUUUCCCCGAGGAACACGUUCUGGAGAAUAAGAGAGAUGCAACAAAAAUACUUGUUCCCAUGGAAACCAUAGGGGACCACAGAAUUGAGGGAAUGAGCUAUGUGGAUGAAAAUAGAAAUAUCACAUUCACCUGCCCCAGAACACCAGCAGGGUUGAUGAAUAAGUCAGUCCCUCUAGAGGCUCAGGAAUCAGCAGCCUGUGGAAAACUUCCCACUCCUCCUCAAGUAGUAAAGGAAAGUGAUUCACUUCCAGACACCUUGGCAGAAAGUAGCCAAGAGACAGCUCCAGCCCAGAUUUCCACAGUUGUAGUGGUAGAUAAUUGGAGCAAAGAUGGAGCUGCAGAUGAAGAAAGGCCCAAGGCUCCCUCUGCUGUUACACCCUCUAUAAGCACGGGAGGGGUUGCCCCAACUUCUACAGCAGCCGAAGAAACAGUUAACAGUCACGGAGGUAAUUGUCUUAAGAACAAAGGAGAGCUUGCUGACCCAAUGGCAGAUGCAGCAGGGGUAGAUAGAGGGCAUGUAAGGGGAGAAUCUGAGUCUGUGGUGCCCAGUGCUGCGUCUCAGCACUCAGCAGAGAAAAUCACAGAGCCGGCAGAGGGGCGCCUUCCUCCUGGAGUGCCAGUAGGAGACCAGAGCCUGGCAGGUGAAGUCAGGGUCCCACAAGCACGUGCAGAUAGGAGUAAUUUCCCAACAUGUCCAGUAAAUAAAAGGAAAGAAUCUGAGGAAGGUUCUGCUGCAGUUCCAAUUCCUAACUUACUGGGAGACAAAACACAAAAGCCCCCUUUCCGUGAGGACCAAAAUGCUAGAGAGAGAGAGUCCAAGGGCCCAGAUAGUUUGAUUAUGGAGGUAGGUGGGCCUCCAAAAAGUGAAAAAGCUAAAUUGGAAGAAAUCAGUCUGGCUUCUGAAAUCACAGAAUUAGAAUCUGUUUCCUUGGCACCACCAGAACUACAGUCUAAUGUCUUCAGUGGCAGAGUUGAAGCAACUCCUUCCAGGGUGGUAGAUAAGUUAGUAGUGACUGCUUCCAAGUCUCCUCAAGUGCCAGAACCUAAAGAUAAGACCUUGGAGGCGCCUGAGAAAAUGACAGAAAAAUCUGAACCAAAGGCACCGGGAGAAGGGAAGAAGGAAGAUAAAGGCAGAAUGGCAGAACCGAUGAAAGGCUACAUGAGACCCACCAAGUCUCGAGGUCUUACUCCACUUUUGCCAAAGUCUACAGUCCAGGAGCGAGAGAGAUCCAAGCAACUCAAGUCCAGUGGAACAGCCAAACCAGAAGAAGGACGGCCUCCUGUGAGUGUGACCGGAAAUGACAUCACUGCCCCUCCAAACAAGGAGCUCCCACCAAGCCCAGAGAAGAAAACAAAGCCUUUGGCCUCCACUCAACCUGCAAAGACUUCAACAACGAAAGCCAAAACGCAGCCCACUUCUCUCCCUAAACAGCCAGCUCCCACCACCUUUGGUGGGCCGAAUAAAAAACCCAUGAGCCUUGCUUCAGGCUCAGUACCAGCUGCCCCACCCAAACGCCCUGCCGCCACCACUGCCAGGCCUUCCACCUUACCUUCAAAAGACGUGAAGCCCAAGCCUGUCGCAGAGACAAAGAUUCCUGAGAAGCGGGCCUCGCCAUCCAAGCCGGCCUCGCCAUCCAAGCCGGCCUCUGCCCUGGCCGUCAGGACCGGCUCCAAGAGCACCCAGCCUGUUCCAAAAGCCACAGCAGCCGCCACUCUUGCCUCAGCUGGGCCAAGCAGUAGGAGCCCCUCCAUGACCCAGCCCAAGAGGCCCCCUGCUGUCAAGACUGAGGGGAAGCCUGCGGACAUCAAGAGGAUGGCUACAAAGUCUGCACCAGCUGACUUGAAUCGCCCAAAGAGCACCUCCACCAGUUCCGUGAAGAAAAAUGCAGCUGUCCCUGGGGCGGCUCCCCUGGCAGGGGCGGCUCCCAGUCGAGUCAAGCCCACGACCACGCCACCCCGGCCGCCCGGGACUCCUUCCACAGACAAGAAGCCUACGACAGCCAAGCCCAGCUCCUCUGCCCCGAGGCUGGGCCGCCUGGCUACCAAUGCUUCUGCCCCUGAUCUGAAGAACGUCCGCUCCAAAGUAGGCUCCACGGAAAACAUCAAGCAUCAGCCUGGAGGAGGCCGGGCCAAAGUAGAGAAAAAAACAGAGGCAGCUGCUCCAGCUCGAAAGCCUGAACCUAACGCAGUCACUAAAGCAGCCGGCCCAACGGGCAGUGCGCAGAAGCCGCCUGCUGGGAAAGUCCAGAUAGUCUCCAAAAAAGUGAGCUACAGCCAUAUUCAAUCCAAGUGUGGGUCCAAGGACAAUAUUAAGCAUGUCCCUGGAGGUGGUAAUGUUCAGAUUCAGAACAAGAAGGUGGACAUCUCUAAGGUCUCCUCCAAGUGUGGGUCCAAAGCUAACAUCAAGCACAAGCCUGGUGGAGGAGAUGUCAAGAUCGAAAGUCAGAAGUUGAACUUCAAGGAGAAGGCCCAGGCGAAGGUGGGCUCCCUUGAUAACGUGGGCCACCUGCCGGCAGGAGGUGCUGUGAAGAUUGAGACCUACAGGCUGACGUUCCGGGAAAACGCCAGGGCCCGCACCGACCACGGGGCCGACAUUGUCUCCCGCCCCCCCCACUUCCCUGGCGGCCCCAGCUCAGGCACCCGGGCCCCUGGCUCCCUCUCCCGGGCUGCCCUCUAGGCCCCUCCCUCCCUCCUGCCUGGCUUGCCCAGGGUGACAGUCCUACCCCCACUCCUCCUUCCUUCCUGCCCCGCACCCCCAGCCCAGCCCCCUGCUUUGCUCCUGUCUCAAAGCGCCACUGCUCCACCCAGAAGGUUGGGAGGGAGAUGGGGUGGUGGAGGCUAACAUGGGAUCUCCUGGGAUUGGGUUGGGAUGGUGGGGGGACCCAGAUUCCAGCCUCCUCUGUUUGUUUGGGUUUUUGGACCAAACCCAAGAGAAACUGACAUACUGUUCCUCCUUGCUGGGUCCACCUGGAGCAGUGGGGAAGAGGGUGUCCGUGUGAUGGCUGGGCGCUGACUGCAUCCCCUGGAGCCUGCUACGCCCCUGGCUCUCCCUGAUCCUACACUGGUGCCCACUGUGCGGGUGGUGCCAGGCGCCUCUUGCUGCCCUGCCCCAAGUUACUCAGGGGCAGUGCUGCCUUUCCCCGCUGCUUCCCAUGCCUGCCUAGCCGCUGUCACACUUUGUUCUUUUAUCCUUUUUUUUUUUAAAUAACAUAAAAACUGAUGGAGUAGUUUUUGCAGGUGAAGCCAUGUGUAAAUGAAAGUCCUCAGUAGGUGUUAAAGGAAACAGGGAGGGGAGAUCCUGAAGCCUCCAGCCCGGAGGUCAGGCACUGGGGGCUGCCCUGGCUUGGGCAGCUUGGAGCCCCGGAGGUGGUGUGGGCAGGGCAGGCACGGUGUAUGGGCUGUGGCCUGGAGCGCAGACGGGGCCCGCGUGGGGCUGGUCGCAGUGUGAACUGGUGGUUCUGGCAUUUUGUGUGUAUGCUGCUUUUCUUUUCUAACCAACAGGCUGGUUUUUGCAUCUGUGUCUGUCUCAUUCCCUGGGAUCUGGUGGGAGAUACAAGGUCAGGGCUGGAAAGGGCCAUGGAGGUCAGAUGCCUCCAGGCCUGCAGCCUGGGAUGCUCGAGCCCUCAGUUGCCAGGGAGCAUGAGAUGUCCAGAACUCAGGUGGACAGUGGGGAAUCAGGUCUGGAAAUUUAAAAAUAAGGCCGUGAGAUGGGCCGUUCCACCUCCCUUAUAACCUGACUGGAGACGGGAGGGAGGAGAGGCAAGGCCAGCCUGCGGAGGGGUGUCCCGGUUAGGCCUGGCUUGAGAUGGCUGCAAUGAUAAGUCCCGGGAAUUGCAUUGACACGAAGAUUCUUAUUGCACUUGUAUUUUUUGUAUUAAAGUUUGCAUGGUUUCUAAUAAAGGAUUAAAAUGUAAGAGUUUGUAGUGAAAUGGCCUGGGAGUCACCAAGGCUUCUCCUCUGGAAAAGCAUCUUCUGCAGCACAGACUUGGCCCCCGCGCCCCCUACCCCGGCUUCUGGUGUCCCUUGUUGCUGAGAAGGUGGAGGGUUCUUGACCUAGGUUGAUUUGAUGCCCAUGUAGAGAGAGGGCAUCUGGGCUGGACAGUUUCUAAGAUAGCAUUUUCUUUAGGGGAGAUUCUACACCAUAUCCCCAGCUCCCCAGGCACAUACCAAGAAAAGGCAGGGGUCUUGUGGAGAAAGGGGUGCCAGGGACAUAGGGGCAUGUCUGUCAGCAAGAGGAAGGGGCAAGAUGAAACUGGGAGGGUGCAGUGGGGGGUGGGGUGCCAGGAGACGAAGUCCAGGUGGCAGUGCUGGGCCUCAAGGUACCUGCGCCCUCCCGGUGUUGAUCCUGGAGGCACAGGGAUGCUGAGGUGGACAAAAGGCUCUGGUCCUUUUACUCCCUUGGUCAAGGGUAGGGGUGGGAGAGGUGAUCCCAGUCGGGAGCUCUCUAAUGGGGGCUGAGGCGGUCUGGUCACAGCUCCUUUGAAGGGUCCCACAAGCCAGAGAAGCUGAGAAGGCAGCCCUGACAAGUGGGACCAGAGGCCGUGUGUGCUGUGUACUCCUCUGCAGCCAUUGGGAGUAGGGCAUUUCUGUACUUUCUGAUUUGCUUAUGGCUCCGCCAUCACCUGUGUCAAUCUGUGAUUCUGUUGUACCGAUUUCAAGAGUAAAUAAAGCUCUUAAGUCUCAG